UCACAAAUCAUAAUCCCAUUUAUUACAAACAAUUAUUCAUGAUGACAAUUCUUACUACACAAAUGUCACUUAUUUUACUUCUAUUUCUUUCUAUAACCACAUUCCACAAAUGCAUAUGCAGCAAUCACACAGUGGUUCGAUGUAAUGAGAAAGAUCUAGAGAUACUCUUAACCUUUAAACAGGGAAUCAAUGAUAGUCUUGGUACGAUUUCAACGUGGUCAACUGAAAAUGAUUGUUGUGCUUGGAAAGGUGUCCACUGUGACAACAUUACCAGAAGAGUUACAAAAAUUGAUCUCAACACUUAUUUUUAUGAAUAUGAGCCAGUCAAAGUUUUGGAAGGUGAGAUGAAUCUUUGUAUUCUUGAACUUAAGUUUCUUAGUUACUUGGAUUUGAGUGAAAAUAAUUUUGAUGUGAUAAGAAUUCCAUCCAUUCAACAAAACAUUACACAUUCAUCUAUCCUUUUGCACCUUGACUUAUCCCACUUAUAUGGUCCUCUGCACAUGGAUAAUCUUGAUUGGCUUUCUCCACUUUCUUCCUUAAAAUAUCUCAACCUCGAUGGAAUUUAUCUUCAUAAGGAAAAUAAUUGGUUUCAAGUAGUGAAUACACUUCCUUCACUAUUAGAAUUACAGUUGAGUCAUUGUAACCUGAACAACUUCCCAUCUGUUGAGUAUUUGAAUUUGUCUUCACUUGUAACUCUCCAUCUUUCUGGAAACAACUUCACCUCUCACUUACCAGAUGGGUUGUUUAAUCUCACGAAAGAUAUCAACUCUCUUAGAUUUGAGGGUAGCAAUAUAUAUGGUGAGAUGCCUUCAAGCUUGCUAAACCUUCAAAAUUUGAAACUCCUUGAUCUUUCUAGUAACAAAUUACAGGGACUAAUUCCAGAUGAAAUAGGCCAACUAGCACAUAUUGAAUAUCUGGAUCUUGCUAGGAACAUGUUAAGUGGUUUCAUACCAUUAACUCUAGGAAACCUCUCAUCCUUAUAUUUGUUAUCUAUUGGCUCUAAUAAUUUCUCUGGUGAAAUUUCUAAAUUAACUUUUUCCAAACUCUCUAGUUUAGAUUCGCUAGACUUGAGUAAUUCAAAUUUUUUAUUCCAAUUUGAUUUGGAUUGGGUUCCUCCUUUUCAACUCUCUCAACUGUCAUUGAGUAAUACAAAUCAAGGCCCACACUUUCCAUGUUGGAUAUAUACACAAAAGUCACUGAAAGAUCUCGACUUAUCGAGCGCGGUAAUUUCGUUGGUAGAUAGAAAUAAGUUUACGAAUCUUAUAGAAAGAAUACCCAGCGAACUUAUUCUGUCAAAGAAUUCAAUUUCUGUAGACAUGUCUAACCUAACACUUUCUUGUUCAUGGUUAAGUCUGGAUCACAAUAAUUUCACAAGUGGACUCCCAAACAUAUCACCAACGGCCGAGUUUGUUGAUUUGUCUUACAACUCCUUCUCAGGAUCAAUUCCGCAUAGUUGGAAGAACUUGUCAGAACUUGAAGUCUUGAAACUGUGGAGUAAUAGGCUGUCUGGUGAAGUUCUAGCACACCUCUCUGCUUCAAAACGAUUGCUAUUCAUGAAUUUGGGAGAAAAUGAAUUUUCUGGAACCAUACCAAUGAACUUAUCAGAAAACUUAGAAAUUGUCAUAUUGAGAGCUAACCAAUUUGAAGGGAAUAUUCCACCACAAUUAUUCAAUCUCUCUUAUUUGUUUCACUUAGACCUUGCACAUAACAAAUUUUCUGGAUCUUUUCCACAUUGCAUCUACAACUUUACUCAUAUGGUUACUUUUCAUAUUUAUGAAUUGUAUUCUACCACAAUUGAUUUAUUUACCAAAGGUCAAGAAUAUGUGUAUGAUGUAAACCCGGAUAGGCGAACUAUUGACCUUUCACCCAAUAGCUUGUCUGGAGAAAUGCCAUUGGAAUUGUUUCGGCUUGUUCAAGUUCAAACAUUGAACUUAUCUCACAAUAAUUUCAUUGGAACAAUUCCAAAGACGAUUGGAGGCAUGAUAAAUAUGGAAUCUCUCGAUCUCUCUAAUAAUAAGUUUUUUGGUGAAAUUCCUCAAAGCAUGGCUCUCUUAAACUUUUUGGAGGUGUUGAAUUUAUCUUGCAAUAAUUUUGAUGGAAAAAUCCCAACAGGAACUCAACUUCAAAGUUUUAAUGCAUCAAGUUAUAUUGGGAAUCCUAAACUAUGCGGAGCUCCUCUUAAUAAUUGUACCAUAACAGAAGAAAAUCCUAAAACUGCACUGCCAUCUACAGAGAAUGAAGAUGAUGAAUCUAUAAUAGAGUCGUUGUAUCUAGGCAUGGGAGUUGGAUUUGGAGUAGGUUUUUGGGGGAUUUGUGGUUCUUUAUUUCUUAUUAGGAAAUGGAGGCAUGCAUACUUUCGGUUUAUCUAUGGAGUAGGUGACAAGCUCUAUGUUAUUUUGACGGUAAAGUUAAAUAGCUUUCGCAGAAAUUGAGCUGCUGCCAGUUAAGGUGAGAUUAUGCAUGUCGCAGUUUGUGCCUUGUUAUCCAAAUCGUGGAUAGAGUUUACCAAAUAGAGCCAAUAUUUUGAUAUCAACAAUUAAUAAUUGUAUGAGAUGAGAUCAUAUGUGAUUGUAAUACUGUUGUUUCUGAAUUCAUGUUUCACUUGUUUUGAUGUUUUUGUUUAUUGAUUUUCUUUUUUUAUAAUAGUCAGUGAAUGGUUACAUUCAUUUUGUAAGUUGUUCUUUGGGCUUGGCCACACCUCAUGUAUCUCUCUCCUUAAUUUUAGUUUAAAAUGUUGUGCUUUGGACUUUUUUU